CUUGUAGAUCUGGAGGAUCAUCUUCUCAUCGUACUCCUUAACCGCCCUCCUCCCGAACGACGAGACGCCGUCCCCGAUCCCGCCGCCGUAACCCGCGGCGCCGACCAUCCCGCCGCCGGCGGAGUUGGCGAAGCCGAGCAUCAUCCUGACGUAGGCGUCGCGGAGCCAGAUGAAGAACUUCUUCGGCGAAGAGAGCUUGUUGAGGAACUUGAGCUUGGGCUUGAUCUUGAUCCGCCACGAUAUCCUCCUCCUCCGCCUCCCACCGCCGAGCUCGACCUGCUCGAUCUUAGUCGGAGUGGCGGAAGAGCCGCCGCCGAUGCGGCGGUAGCCCUGCCGCCUCCAGUAGCGUUUCAUUUUGGUGUAUACGGUGGGAGUGAUGCCUUCCAUUUCGGGGAAGUAUUGUGUUAAGGAUUUUUCUAUGGUUGAGGAGUUGAGGUUGUUAUUAACGGAAGAAAUGGGGAUCUGGAGGAUUUCGCGGCGAGGAUCGGGAAAGGAAGAGAGAAGGAAGCACCGCCUGUUCAGUGUCCACUCCAGCAAUGUUGGUAUGGUAAC